CCCUAGUUGACAUAGCAUGAUCUGACGGACCGACUCGUUUCCUUUAGAGUUUAGACUUCAUAUAAGCUGUUUCAAUGUCAUUUGAUAUUGUUGAUAAAUCAUACAAUAAACCGUGCCAGAGCCAAAAAGAAGAAAAAAAUCAUAGAAUACCUCAGACAUACACAAAGCAUUCUAUGCCCAGAAGGUCCUACAAAUUCCAAUCCAUAUUAAUAUAAAGAAAUAACAAGUAUUUUAAAAUGGAUUCUGAUGAGGAACUUGGUGAAGUUCCAACGUAUCGAGGUAUACCGGCCACAAUGAUUUUAAUUAACUUAUUGGAGGAUAACAAUGUAGUGGAGCUUGCUCUUGACGCGACUUGUCGCUUAUACAGACAAUACCUCAGGAGUGGUAGUGGUCAAUUAUUAGGCGUUUAUUUGUAUGGAGUGGAUGAUAAAAAUACUGCCCAAAGUUUAAUAGAAUCCCCUGGGGUAAAAGAAAUCAUCCCUUUUUCCUUACCAGCACUGUUAGAAUUUAAAAGGCUUAAAAGUUUGGACAUUCAUAUAUACAAAAAAGCUAAAGAAUUAAAGUUAUCAGAUGUUCUGUGGCAUUGUAGUAAAACAUUUGCGAAUUGUAAAAAGCAAAUAUCAUCUUAUAAAGUCAUCUUGCUCACACAAUUAAAACAAACACCCAUUGUUGCCGACCAGACACCUACAUUGAAACGUGUAAGAGAUUUAACUGAUUCUAAUGUUGAUUUAGUCAUACUCAAUAUAGCUCAGACAGACUACAAUAUUGAUUCAUUUUAUAUAAACUUUUUAAAAGAAGCUUAUAAAGGACAGGAUCCUGUAUUACCUGAACCAAUUUUUGACAGCCUUGAAAUUGAAAAGAUUAUGUAUAAAGAGUCUCAUCGUCGCUUAGCGGUUUCUAAUCUGAGCUUUGAAAUUGCUGAAGGCUUUUCAAUUAGUGUAGGAGUAUAUUCACUUAUAAAAAAAGCAGGUUAUAAUCAUCACAGAAAAAUUAAUUUGGAUAGAGAAAACAAUGCAGUCGUAACUAAUGUCACCAAAAUGACAAAAGUUACCACAGAAUCGAAAGACUCUCCUUCCAAAGAACUUCCUCUAUUAAAUUCUGAACUUCUAUUCUAUCAAGAAUAUGGAGGGGAACGUGUUGAAUUCAGCACAGAUGAAAUUAAAUCAAUGAAGAAUCCUUUUGGACCUCCUAUGUUGAGACUGUUAGGUUUUAAACCUGUAGGUAAUAUUUGUAAAGAAAAAUGGUAUCUUAAAAUGAGCUAUUUCUUAUUCCCUUCUGAAAACAAUAUAGAAGGAUCGACAGUAGCUUUUAAUAGUAUGCAUAAGGCUUGCUCUGAUCUUAAUAUGGUUGCAAUAUGUGUUUUAUGUACAAGAGUAAAUGCAAGACCUACAAUUGUCGCUCUGAAUCCGUGUAAGAAUCCAAAUGGAUUAGAUGUUGCAAUUGGAUUUGAUGUAAUACAUAUUCCAUUUGUUGAAAAUAUAAGAGAUUUAAACAUUGAAGAUGAAGAUGAAAGUUCUAUUGAACCGGCCCAUAAAGUUGUGAUGAAAGAUUUACUAAAUAGUAUACAAUUUGAUUAUAAGCCGGACAUGUUUGCAAAUCCAAAGUUACAAUCGGAAUAUAGAGCCAUUGAAGCAAUUGCUUUAGAAGAAGAGGAUAUUGAACCUUUUGUUGAUACAACUAAACCUAACUCAAUUUAUUUUCAAAAUCUUAAAGAAAAUUUAUUUGAAGAAAUGUUUGGUCCAUUUGGGGAACUUGCAACCAAAAGAACUGCUUCAAAGACUGCUAGUGAAGGAAGCAAAAAAUCAAAACUUGAUAUAGAUUUAGGUUUGUUUCGAGAAAGGUUAUCAAAAAACCAAAUUGAAAAGUACACUGUAUCACAGUUAAAGGAAAUUUUACAAUUUAAUAGUAUUGAUGGUUUACCAGCAUUAACUGGCCUAAAAAAAGCUGAACUUGUCAAUCUUGUUUACAAUCAUUGUAAAUGAAUAUAAAUUCACGGCUAUUCCUUACAAUAUUUAUUGCUUAAAUAUACAGAGAUCCAUCUGCUGGGCCAAGGUGGUGUAUACCUAUUAAUAAAGCAUCAACUAACGUCCACACACCAAGGCCACCAAAGCUA